AUGAAGUCCAUCAUUGCCCUUUCGGCCAUGGCCGGGCUUGUACCCGUAGCCCUAGCCGCUCCUUCACGUCUUCACCUCCGCAGCGACGACACCCAAGAGGUGAAUGUCAUGAUUCAACAAGUCAAAUCAACCUCCGAAACCGACAUUGCCGUUGUCAACAAGGACACUUCUGACAUUCUCGGAUACUCCUGCUCCAGCACCCUCAACUCAGGCGCUUUUGCCAAUCUCCCCAUUACCGCAAACAUUGACGAGAACGGCGCCGGUACUCUGACCGUGGGCUCCACAACAUACAAGGUCCAUGAAGAUCGCGAUACCUCUGGCGGGAUUCAGUGUGCUCGAAUCUUCAAUGAUGGCGAGAGUUUCUUGGACUGUGCUGUACCGGUGCCAUCAUCUCUAAGCUUGUCGCCCAUUAGUGACCAGAAGACAACCUGUUUUGACAGUGGGGUGAUUCCUAGCUUGCAAAGCGCAUACAAUUCUAUGCUUGCACAGCAGGGACCGCCCGAGACCGCAAACCUUACACGUAGGGAUCUGUCAUCAUCCAGACCCGUCUUGGAUGAGCGCCAAUGCGGUAUUUGGUCUGCUUCCAGCCAGGUUGUUGGAGAUGGCAACCCUCACCAGAACUACUAUCUGAAGCAACUUUCUGAAAACAUCAACUGCGGCGCGGCAGAUAGCUGCAGCGUAGGCCAGAGCGACAGUGUCUCAUACACCAUCGGCUGGACAGCCAGCGCAACUGCAGAAGAAUGGCUGACCGGCGGCUUCUCCGUGAGCGCAAGCUGGACAACCGGAAACACAUACAGCUGCAAUGGCGGAUCUGGUGACACCAUUUGCGUCUGGUAUAACACCGCGCAUACCGCUUACACUUGCGAGAAUGGCGAGUAUAAUGCUUGCACUGGAUUCGAUGGUGACGGUAGCACCUUUGUCAUGUACUCGCCCAACUCCAACAAUGUGGGUGGUGGUUACUACUGUGUCGUCGGUACUUGCCGGAGUCAGGGAGAGGGUUACUGGAAUUACGACGGUCCUGCUGGUGGUCCUCAGGACUAA